CUCGACCCCCUUCGCAGGCCCCGCCCCCUCCCUGGCGGCUGCCGCGGGUAGGAACUAGUCGGUGUGUAGAACUCGACGUGUCCGGAAAGGUGCGCGCCGCUUUCCCUUUCGCUCCGCGCCCGCCGGCACCAUGCUGGACCCGUCCUCCAGCGAAGAGGAGUCCGACGAGGUGCUGGAAGAGGAGAAGGGGGAGGUGCUGCUGGUGGCGCCCGGGGGCUGCAGCGGCAGCUCGCCGCGAGUCCUGCCGACUGCUAACCGGGAGCCCCGCGCGAGGGAGCCGGGGCGCCAGGGCAGCGGCCCCGCCAGACCGGCGAGUCCCAGCCCCUCGGUGCUGAGCGAGGGCCGGGAGGAGCAGGAGAGGCUGCAGAAAGAGGAGAGGGAGAAGCGGCUCCGGCUGCAGCUGUAUGUGUUCAUAGUGAGGUGCAUCGCGUACCCGUUCAACGCCAAGCAGCCCACCGACAUGGCCCGCAGGCAGCAGAAGCUCAACAGACAGCAAUUACAGAUACUUAAGGAGCAUUUCCAGGCCUUCCUGAAUGGAGAGACACAAAUUGUAGCAGAUGAAGCAUUUUGCAAUGCAGUGCGAAGUUAUUAUGAGGUUUUUCUCAAGAGUGACCGAGUUGCCAGAAUGGUUCACAGUGGAGGAUGCUCUGCAAAUGACUUUAGAGAUGUUUUUAAGAAAAACAUAGAAAAAAGGGUCCGAAGUUUGCCGGAGAUUGAUGGAUUAAGCAAAGAGACAGUGUUAAGCUCUUGGAUAGCCAAAUAUGAUGCCAUAUGCAGGGGAGAAGAGGACUUGUGCAAACAGCCCAAUAGGAUGGCAUUAAGUGCUGUAUCGGAACUUAUUCUGAGCAAAGAACAGCUGUAUGAAAUGUUUCAACAGAUUCUAGGGAUCAAAAAAUUGGAACACCAGUUGAUUUAUAAUGCCUGCCAACUGGAUAAUGCAGAUGAACAAGCAGCUCAGAUCCGACGUGAACUAGAUGGACGUCUACAAAUGGCAGAACAAAUGACAAAGGAAAGAAAAUUUCCAAAGUUUGUAGCGAAAGAAAUGGAGAACAUGUUUAUAGAAGAGUUGCGGUCUUCAGUGAAUUUGCUAAUGGCAAAUUUGGAAAGUCUUCCAGUGUCUAAAGGUGGCCCAGAAUUUAAAUUGCAGAAGUUAAAGCGAUCCCAGAAUUCUGCUUUCUUGGACAUAGGAGAUGAAAAUGAAAUUCAGCUGUCAAAGUCAGAUGUGGUGCUAUCAUUCACAUUAGAGAUUGUUAUAAUGGAAGUGCAAGGUUUAAAGUCAGUAGCUCCCAAUCGGAUUGUUUACUGCACAAUGGAAGUGGAAGGAGGAGAGAAACUUCAGACAGAUCAGGCAGAAGCGUCAAGGCCACAAUGGGGAACUCAAGGGGACUUCACCACUACUCACCCUCGGCCUGUUGUCAAAGUAAAACUCUUUACAGAAAGCACUGGGGUCCUAGCCCUUGAAGAUAAAGAAUUAGGAAGGGUAAUAUUAUAUCCAACCUCCAAUAGCUCAAAGUCACCCGAGUUGCAUAAAAUGAUAGUCCCCAAAAACAGCCAGGACUCUGACUUGAAGAUUAAACUGGCAGUGAGGAUGGAUAAGCCACCCCAUAUGAAGCAUUGUGGGUAUUUAUAUGCUCUUGGACAGAAGGUUUGGAAAAGAUGGAAAAAACGCUACUUUGUUCUUGUUCAGGUAAGCCAGUACACAUUUGCAAUGUGCAGUUACAGAGAAAAGAAAUCUGAGCCUCAGGAAUUAAUGCAGCUUGAAGGAUACACUGUGGAUUAUACAGCUCCUCACACAGGUCUUCAGGGUGGGCGAAUGUUUUUCAAUGCUGUUAAAGAAGGAGAUACGGUAAUAUUUGCGAGUGAUGAUGACCAGGAUAGAAUACUGUGGGUUCAAGCAAUGUACAGAGCAACAGGCCAGUCAUAUAAACCCAUUCCUGCAAGUCAAGCACAGAAGAUGAAUCCAAAAGGAGGAAAUGUCCACAUGGAAUUAUCACAGCUUUCUGGCAAAGAUGCAGAUCGUGCUCAGAAACAUGGGAUGGAUGAGUUUAUUUCUGCUAAUCCCUGCAAGUUUGACCAUGCUUCCCUCUUUAGAGUACUUCAGAGGCAGACCUUGGAUCAUAGAUUGAAUGAUUCCUAUUCUUGUUUGGGUUGGUUUAGUCCAGGCCAAGUCUUCGUAUUAGAUGAAUACUGUGCUCGUUAUGGUGUGAGAGGCUGUCACCGCCAUCUCUGCUACCUUAAUGAAUUGAUGGACCAUUCAGAAAAUGGUGCUGUCAUUGAUCCAACCUUGCUCCAUUACAGCUUUGCAUUCUGUGCUUCUCAUGUUCAUGGCAAUAGGCCUGACGGAAUUGGAACAGUCUCAGUUGACGAGAAAGAAAGGUUUGAGGAGACUAAAAACCGACUUUCUUCCCUUUUAGAAAACCAGAUAAGCCACUUCAGAUACUGUUUCCCUUUUGGACGUCCUGAAGGAGCUUUAAAAGCCACACUUUCAUUACUUGAAAGGGUUUUAAUGAAAGAUAUUGCCACUCCCAUACCAGCAGAAGAGGUGAAGAAAGUGGUUAGAAAAUGUCUGGAGAAAGCUGCCUUGAUCAAUUACAUGCGACUUACAGAAUAUGCCAAAAUAGAAGCAACAGCAGAGAAGGAUCCAGAGACCUUGAAUCAAGCAACUCCUGCUAGAAAGCUGGAAGAGGUUCUUCACCUUGCAGAGCUCUGCAUCGAAGUAUUGCAGCAGAAUGAAGAGCAUCACGCAGAGACACAAGAGGCUUUUGCUUGGUGGCCAGAUUUAUUAGCUGAACACGCAGAGAAAUUUUGGUCUCUCUUUUCUGUUGAUAUGGAUUCAGCACUGGAGGCACAACCUCAAGAUUCCUGGGAAACUUUCCCGCUUUUCCAACUGCUAAAUAACUUCCUAAGAAAUGACAUACUUUUGUGCGAUGGAAAGUUUCACAAGCACUUGCAAGAGAUUUUUGUUCCCUUGGUCGUCCGCUAUGUUGAUCUCAUGGAGUCAUCUAUUGCCCAGUCCAUUCAUAGAGGUCUUGAACAAGAGUCCUGGCAGCCUGUCAAGAGCAUCUCCAACAGUCUUCCCAAUGUAGCUCUUCCGAAAGUUCCAAGUUUGCCUCUUAAUCUUCCACAGAUACCUAGCUUUUCUGCACCAACCUGGAUGGCUUCUUUAUAUGAUUCCACCAAUGGUUCAGCUACAUCAGAAGAUCUUUUCUGGAAACUUGAUGCACUGCAGAUGUUUGUUUUCGAUCUGCACUGGCCAGAACCAGAAUUUGCCCAUCAUUUAGAGCAGAGACUUAAACUUAUGGCCAGUGAUAUGAUAGAGGCCUGCGUCAAAAGAACAAGAAUUGCAUUUGAACUCAAGCUGCAAAAGACAAACAAAUCAAUGGACUUGCGCAUUCCUGCGUCUGUGUGUACAAUGUUUAACGUUUUAGUCGAUGCCAAAAAGCAAACUGCUAAACUCUGCAUUCUGGAUGGUGGGCAAGAGUUUGCUGGUCAGUGGCAACAAUACCAUUCAAAAAUAGAUGACUUGAUUGAAGAAACUGUUAAAGAAAUUAUUUCACUUCUUGUUUCAAAGUUUGUUUCAGUGUUAGAAGGUGUGCUGUCUAAACUAUCAAGGUAUGAUGAAGGCACAUUCUUCUCGUCAGUACUUUCAUUCACUGUGAAAGCAGCUGCAAAAUAUGUUGAUGUUCCUAAACCAGGAAUGGAUCUAGCAGACACCUACAUUAUGUUUGUUCGGCAAAACCAGGAUAUACUUCGAGAAAAGGUCAAUGAGGAAAUGUAUAUAGAAAAGUUGUUUGAUAAAGGGAUGGAUGAUAUAAGUUCAUUGAUGUACUUGAGGCUGUUUGAGCAAUGGUACAGCAGCUCCAUGAAAGUCAUAUGUAUGUGGCUGGCUGAUAGAUUAGACCUUCAACUUCACAUCUACCAGCUGAAGACUCUCAUCAAGAUAGUGAAGAAAACCUACCGAGAUUUCAGAUUGCAGGGUGUGCUGGAAGGAACACUGAACAGUAAAACCUAUGAUACUGUUCACAGCCGUCUUACAGUAGAGGAGGCCACAGUCUCAGUCACUGAUGGAGGAGGACUUCAGGGUAUCACCAUGAAAGACAGCGAUGAAGAAGAAGGAUGAUAGUGAGAUAUUUCAUCUAGAAGGUCAACACUAGGUGUUUGUUUUGUAACUUGUCCUUGUAUUUGCAUUUAUAGUUUCGCUUUACAACACUUGAGCACCAAAAAUGUAAUUCAUUCCACUUUUUUAAAUCUGAAAGCAGAAUUAUUGGGAGCAAAAGUGCCAAGAAUUUUUUGAGGACAAUGAUUUUAGCAUAUUUCAAUGUAUAGCUUUGCUUCGAACUGUGAGAAUGUUGGCAUGAAGUUUGAGUUGCACUUGUGAUUAUGUUUCUUUACCUUUUGUUAAUUACCAUUUGUUCCUGUAACUCCUCCAUCAAAUAGUGAUGUCCUGUGCAGAAAACAAGGUGUGUGCCUCACAUAAUACAUAAUUAUACAGGAAAUCAUUCUUGGAAUAAUUCAGUGCCCUUGUUAAAAAACAGUGUGUUUUCAGGAUUACACUUUACAUAUUUUUUUCUUGUUUUGUACUUAAUUUUUCAUUAUUGUGUGAUGUGCAUUAAAAACUUAAAUCUUGGUUCAUGGUGCUUUGAAUUUGGUGUGUAAAUAAGACUCCAGGGACUACAAAAUGCACAUAGACUACUUAUGAGUGUUGUGUCUUGUUUCCCUACAUUCAUCUUGCAAGUUUAAGGAUAUCUCAUCAUGCUGGAUGUCAGUAAGCUUGCCAUCAGUGUUUCUAUUUCUAUGUGAAAUUUUGCAGGCAAUAAGAACACAUUUUGUCAUGACUGCGUCUGUAUCUA